ACCCGUGCACAAUCCCCGCUGCUCCUUUACCAGAGUAAAGUUCACCCCCAGUUGGGUGGGCGUCGGAAGCCAUGGAGGACACGUUCAACCCGGACAGCCUUGCAGUCGGACCCAACUUAUCCAGCAUCGCGAUUCCUGGGUGGAACUUGAACAUUUCGUCCCACGGGGCUACUCUGGGGCAGCCUAGUGCGCGGACCCUGUCGGCGGGCGCGAUCCUGCUGCUAGCGCUGGUGGGCAACGGCUUGCUCUUGCACAGGCUGCGCUGCGGAGGGUGCUGCUGCGCGGCCCGCUUCGGACGGCGGCGCAAGAUGGAUUUCCUGCUGGCACACUUGGCCAUCGCCGACCUCUACGGAUGCGGGCUGGUGCUGCUCUCCCAGCUUCCGCCGGCCGACGUGGAGCCGGGGCAAGCGGCGUGGCCUGCAGAGGACGCCACUUGCCGCCUCCUGUGGUUCCUGCAAGGCUCCGGGCUGCUGGCGCCCUCGCACAUGCUCGUCCUGAUCGCGAUCGAGCGACACCACAUGGUGAGGGGCCCCGCGCACCCGCCGCUCUCUUUCCUGCCCUCCCGGGGCGCUUUGGCGGCGCUGGGGUGGCUGCUGGCUCUGCUGCUCGCCUUGCCGCAAGCCUUCGUCUAUCGGCUGGCACCUCUCGAGUCCGGGGGCCGUUGCCUCAGCAUCUUCGCACAGCGGCCCCGCUGGCACGGCCAGACAUACGCCGUGUACUGGGCCGUCGCGGGCUUCGUGGCGCCCGCCUGCCUCCUGGGCGGGACCUGCGGCCGCAUCCUCAGCACGCUCGGCGGCGCACCCGGCGCCAAGGACGACGACGACGCCGAGCCGUCGCGGGGGGCAGCGGGCAGCGCCCGCCACUACGGCGCGGAGCUUCCCGGCGCCUCCGCCGCUCCUCGCCCGCUCUUGCUGCGGCUCCUGCCCGUCGCCAAGUGCGCGCUGUCCUCGCCGCCUGCGCCGCGGAGCCUGCCCCGCGCGCGGGCCCGGGCGCUGCAGCUAACGCUGGCGCUGGCCACGCUGUUCGCGCUCUGCGGCUUCCCGCGCUUUCUCCUGGAGCUCGCCUUGGCCUUCGCCUCCUCGGAGAGCGGCGGCGGCGGCGCCGACGAAGCGCGGGCGGCCCUGGGGAGCAUCAUGGCGGCCACCAACAGCGCCCUCAACCCCUACGUGUGCCUCUUGUUCCACAGCCACGGCCCGUGGGCGCGGCGCCUCCAGCGCAGGCUGUGCCGCUGCCCUAACGGGCAACCCCGACGGCGGGCUCGCCACCGGCAUCGCCCGCCGCCGCCGCAAGCGGCUGCCGAGCGCCCUGGACGCUGGCUGUGUCCUUGCCAGACCAAGCCGCCCACCGUCUCCACGGUCGUCCACCUCGAGGCGGGAAGGAAGAACCAGGAGAGAACAUAUGGAGAAUGAGAGCACAGGAAGGACGGUGAUUUAAAAAUACAAACUUCAUGAAGAGAGAGGGGGGAAAUUAAGACAGUUGGAACAAGAAGUAGUCAUGUCCAACAAGGAAGUG